AGCCAAGUCUCCUGAGCCUGAUCAACUUCAUAUACUGCCACUAAUUUCAACUUUUUCAGCCUAACCCUCUCUGAAGCAAUGAAUUACACAAGUUACUUCUUGGCUUUUCAACUCUGCAUCAUUUUGGGUUCUUCAGGCUGUUACUGUCAGGACAUACUUUCCAAAGAAGCACAUCAGAUAAAGGAAUAUUUUAAAGCAAAUACUUCAGAUGUGGCAACUGGUAGACCACUUUUCUUGAAUAUUUUGAGAAACUGGAAAGAGGAGAGUGACCUCAAAAUAAUUCAGAGCCAACUUGUCUCCUUCUACUUCAAACUCUUUGACAACUUGAAAGAGCAUGAGGUCAUCAGAGAGAGCAUGGAAUCCAUCAAGGAAGACAUUUUUGUGAAGUUCUUCAAUAGCAGCCUCACUAAGCUGCAAGACUUCCAAAAUCUGACUCAAAUUUCGGUAGAUGACCAACAGGUCCAGCGCAAGGCAAUAAGUGAACUCAACAAUGUUGUGAAUUUCCUGUUUUCAAAACCUAACACCAAAAAACGAAAAAGGAGUCAAAGUGGAGUGUUUCGAGGCCGGCGAGCAUCCAAAUACUGAUCAACCUACCUGCAAUAUUUGAAUUUUUAAUCUAAACCUAUUUAUUAAUAUUUAACAUUAUUUAUAUGGAAAUACACUUUAAACUCAUUGAUUGAAAGUAUUUAUAAUAGCAACUUUUAUGUAAUGCAAAUGAUUAUCUAUUAAUAUAUACCUUAUUUAUAAUUCCUGAAUCUUGUAACUGUUUCAUUUGACCCUCUUUUUUCUGAUUAGGCAAUACUAUGUGAUUAGAAGGCUUUUCAUCUGGGGCCAGACAGGCAGCUUAGAUUAUUCAGCAAGAUCUUGUAUGCUGUGUGCUUUUUAACUUGAUGAUACAAUGAACACUUGUGCAUAGAAUGAUACUAUCCAGUUUCUGACUGUUUGAGAACGUGUCUGCAUUCUGAGCCACUGCUUUAAUAGCAUGUCAGACACCACUUGAACUUACCAGGUGAUGUGACCUUGUGCCUUAAUAAAAAAUAGCAUCUCAGGAAGUUUCAUUCCAGAUGUGUCUGAAUAUUAUUGACAACUGCGACUCCCCCUAAAUGGAAAGUAGUGCACUUGUUUAGUUUAUCAAUAUCUAAUAUCAAAUA